CCAGGGCUCACAGGGACCUUUAUCCCUGCAGGGAAAAUGGAAUUUUCCUCGGGGACAGAAGCAACAAAGCCCAAGGGGGAAAAUGAGCCCGUUCAGCAGGGAUUUGUCCCAUCUUGGGCAGGGCAAGGCAGGAGUGUAGGGAAGUCCCCUCUUCCCUCAACCAAAGGCAGGUCCAGGAUGGAACAUUCCUGCUCGCUGCUGCUGCUCUGUCUUAGCUUCAUUUUUGCACAAGCUCUGCCACCCAAUGGAACCGAGCUGCCCAAAACAACCACAACAACCAACUCCACCGAGGAGAACACCUUGCACAAGGAGCUGCUGACCUCCCUGCUGAUCCUGGUGCUGGUGGUGAUCAUUUUCCUGGUGCUGGUGGGGUAUUUUUUCAGGUUCAGGAGACACAGGAAAGCUGUGGUGAACUCCGGCGACAAAAAGAUGCCAAAUGGGAUCUUGGAAGAACAAGAACAGCAGCGGGUGAUGCUGCUCAGCAGGUCCCCCUCGGGCCCCAAGAAGUAUUUCCCCAUCCCAGUGGAAAACCUGGAGGAGGAAAUUCGGAUACGCUCGGCAGACGAGGGGAAGCUCUUCAGGGAGGAGUUUAAUUCCUUAACGUCUGGAUAUGUGCAGGGAACGUUUGAAAUGGCAAAUAAGGAAGAAAACAGGGAGAAGAACAGAUAUCCCAACAUCCUGCCAUAUGAUCAUUCCAGAGUGAUUUUGUCCCAGAUUGAUGGGGUCCCACCUUCAGACUACAUCAAUGCAUCCUACAUAGAUGGUUAUAAAGAGAAGAAUAAAUUUAUAGCAGCACAAGGACCCAAGCAGGAAACAGUCAAUGACUUCUGGAGGAUGAUCUGGGAGCAGAAAUCAGCCAUUAUUGUCAUGUUAACCAACCUGAAAGAAAGAAAAGAGGAGAAGUGUUUCCAGUACUGGCCCGAGCAGGGCUGCUGGACGUACGGCAGCGUGCGCGUGUCCGUGGAGGAUUGCGUGGUGCUGGUGGAUUACACCGUGCGCAAGUUCUGCGUGCACUCGCUGCACGAGGGAUGCAAAGCUCCAAGGCUCGUCACACAGCUCCACUUCACCAGCUGGCCGGACUUUGGGGUGCCUUUCACACCUAUUGGCAUGCUGAAAUUCCUGAAAAAAGUCAAAACCUUGAACCCUGCCCAUGCUGGACCAAUUGUUGUUCACUGCAGCGCGGGCGUGGGGCGCACGGGCACCUUCAUUGUCAUCGAUGCCAUCAUGGACAUGAUGCACGCCGAGCACAAGGUGGAUGUCUUUGACUUUGUCUGCAGGAUCCGCAACCAGCGGCCCCAGAUGGUUCAGACUGAUAUGCAAUAUUCCUUCAUUUACCAAGCCUUACUCGAGUACUACCUCUAUGGAGACACAGAGCUGGAUGUGUCAUCCCUGGAAAAACACCUCCAGACUUCCCACAAUGCUGCACCAAACCUGGUCAAAAUAGGGCUGGAAGAGGAAUUUAAAAAGCUCACCAACGUCCGCAUCAUGAAGGAGAACAUGAGGACUGGCAACCUUCCAGCCAACAUGAAGAAAGCAAGAGUGAUCCAGAUCAUCCCCUAUGAUUUUAACAGAGUGAUUCUGUCCAUGAAAAGAGGGCAGGAGUACACAGACUACAUCAAUGCUUCCUUCAUAGAUGGCUAUCGGCAGAAGGAUUAUUUCAUUGCCACCCAGGGCCCCCUCCCGCACACGGUGGAGGAUUUCUGGAGGAUGGUGUGGGAGUGGAAGUGCCACACCAUCGUGAUGCUCACCGAGGUGCAGGAAAGGGAGCAGGAAAAAUGCUGCCAGUACUGGCCAUCAGAGGGCUCUGUGACUCACGGAGACAUCACGGUGGAAAUCAAGAGUGACAGCCUGAUGGAUGCCAUCAGUGUGAGGGAUUUCCUGGUUACAUAUAAUCAGGGCCACCAGGAGAAGCAGAGCAGGCUGGUGAGGCAGUUCCACUUCCACGGGUGGCCGGAGAUCGGGAUCCCUGCCGAGGGCAAGGGCAUGAUCGACCUGAUUGCAGCCGUGCAGAAGCAGCAGCAGCAGACAGGGAACCACCCCAUCACUGUGCACUGCAGUGCUGGAGCAGGGAGGACGGGGACCUUCAUAGCCCUGAGCAACAUCCUGGAGAGGGUGAAGGCUGAGGGGCUCCUGGACGUGUUCCAGGCUGUCAAGAGCCUGAGGCUGCAGAGGCCACACAUGGUGCAAACACUGGAACAGUAUGAGUUCUGCUACAGAGUGGUACAAGAUUUCAUCGACAUCUUUUCAGAUUAUGCUAAUUUCAAAUGAGAAUUCUGCCUUAUUUUUUAAUUUGUCUGUAUAAAUAGUUGUAUAUUAUGUUAAUUUAUUCUGUGUCACUCGGGUUGUUGACUGAACUGUAAAUACAACGUUGUGCUGGCUCUAAAAGUUGCAUUUGCUGUAUAAAGUUGUUUCUUAAAUAUAAAUAUCUUCUAAAGCAAAGUAUAAUGUUCCUAUACUGUAUAGCACUGUAAGAUGGGAUAGAAAUCUUUAUUCUAAAUAACAAAAAAUUAAUUCUUGGGUUUUUUCCCUUUUAAUUUUGCCACUCAUAAAUAUUUAUCAAUGUUAUCUCCCAAUUCUUGAAUUUUUUGGCAGGUGAUUUACAGUUCAUCCUGAGAAAGUGAAUUUUGGUGCACAUGUUUAAACAUAUUUUGUUCACCAUGAAAACAGAUAUUUUUUUUUCCAGGCUGUUUUAAAGAGCCUCAGGGUUUUGUUGGAUGUUGAGUCUUACUGUCCAUAGGAUAAAAUCAGGAGAAAUACAGAUUUGAAUUUUUGAUUUAACAGAACUUCCAAAGCCCUGUUAAUUUGGGGUUUUUUUCACAGCUAUUGUUUAAACUGACUCAGAAAGGCAAUAAUGUGAUUUUUAGAAUAUUUUGCAUAUUUGAAAAGUGUAUUUUGCAGCACCUGAACUUGUCUACUUGAAGAGAAAGGCCAGAAAUGGAGUUAAAAACUUCUCUAUAAACACCUGCAUGAUUUCCCACUCCUUUAAAAUAAGAGAUGAGCUCUUACUCCUGGAUUUGACUCACCAGGAUAAUUAAGAGGUAAAAGUUGGGAAAAAAUUUUUCUGCACAAUUUAAUGCCAGAAACAUUGAGUAUUGUAGCAAAAGUUCCUCCUGGUUCUUACCCUCCCAGAAAUGUUAUCAAAAAAGGACUUUGCAUAAGGGGUUUAGGGUUGUGUACAGAGAUAUAUUUUUGCUGAAAGUACUACUGAGAAUAGAAUUGGUGACAGGAAAUAAAAGUUUUUAUUACAGCCCUGAGCAGGGGCUGGAAAAUCCCCAAAAUCACAGUGCACCUGAAUGUUGGAUAUUUACCAAGUUUAUCCUUCCCACUCUUCCAAAACCAUCUCUGAGUUAAUGAGCACAAAGGGGUGAAUCUGUAAUUAAUUACUUAAUGAAUAUGCAACACUUCUGUCUUGUCCAGCCAGGCUUUGGCCAUGCAACAGCAAAGCCUUAUUUCAAACAAGCAGCUUCAACUGAGCUUUUCCCUGCUGUUCUUGCACUAUUUUAUCCCAUUCCAAAAUAACCUCAUUGCACCUUGGAGCAAUGCAAAGGGACAGGAAGGUGUCCCUGGGUCUCCUUCCAUUCCAGCCUGCCUGGAAAAGGUUUGGGAUGGGAAUUCCUGAGCACCCAGUUCCCCCAGUGCUGUUCUCACCUUUCCAUUGCUGCACUCCUGUAUUUAUUUGUACAGUAAAUUAUGCACUUCAAAAACCAGAUUGUUUAAAGACUAAACUCGCUCGUGAGUCUCUAUGAGAAGAAACACUCGAGCCACAGGGUUGGGUACUGAAAGUGGAGCUGAGGAAGGGCAUGCUCCAGAAAUUCCAUCCAAAUCCAAAGAGCCAGAAUUAAUUCAGCCUGGAAAUGGAACAGUGGGGGUUCAGUGUGAUUUACAGCACAGGGAGACUCCCAGAGGUUGGAGAAUAAUGCAAAGAAAUUCCCAUUUUCUGAUCCUGUUCUCAGGAUCUUUCUGCCACUUUGCCCAUGUUUAAAUAAUAAUUUGUGAGAUGUUGGGGUCCCUGAGGGAAAAACUUGGGGUGAGUUAUCCAUGAGGUGAAUCUCAGUGCAGGGAGAGACCCUGAAAGGGUGGAGAAUAAUGUCAAGGAAUUCCCAUCCUGAUUUCAGGAUUUUCCAACCAUUUAGCCAGCAUCUGAACAGUAAUAAUUUGUCAGAUGUUGGGGUCCCUGAGGUAACACCUUGGGGUGAGUUGUCCAUGAGGUUAAUCUCAGUGCAGGGAGACUCUGAAAGGUUGGAAAAUAAUGCAAAGGAAUUCCCAUUGUAUGAUCCUGAUUUCAGGAUUUUUCCAACCAUUUAGCCAGCAUUUGAAUAAUAAUAAUAAUAAUUUAUUUGUUGGGCAGAUUUUGUGGGUCCCUGAGGUAAAAAGUGGUGUUGAGUUGUCUCAUGAGGUCAAUCUCAGUGCAGGGAGAUUCCAAGAGGUUGGAAAAUAAUGCAAAGGAAUUCCCAUAGUAUGAUCCUGAUGUCAGGAUCUUCCCAACCAUUUAGGAGGCAUUUGAGUAAUAAUAAUAAUAAUAAUAAUAAUUAGUGUGUUGGGCAGAUUUGUGGGUCCCUGUGGUAAACACUGGGGUUGUCCAUGAGGUCAGUCUCAGUGCAGGGAGACUCAGAAAGGCUGGAAAAUAAAGGAGUUCCAUGUUAGGAUCCUGAUCUCAGGAUCUUUCUGACCACUUAGCCAGCAUCUGAACAAUAAUAAUUUCUGUGUUAGGCAGAUUUUGGGGUCUUUGAGGUCAGUCUCAGUGCAGCAGGGAUGGGGUGGGAGGGUCCCACAGCCCCCCAGGAGCUGCAGCACAACUCCAGCUGCCCGUGGGUUCACUGAAGGAGUUCAGGUUUUACUCUGGAGUUCAGCUGGAACACCAAAUCCUCACUGGGUACUCAGAUUUUAGCUGAUAACCAGAUUGAGAUAUCGAGGAGGAAAGAGAAAAAUGCCUCAAAUAAAAUUCAGAAUUCCCAACUGGAGCUCCAGAAAGGUUUUUUGUGGGAUUUGAAGAGCUCCCUUGGUUGGGUGUGCUCAGUGGCUGGAGCUCUGGGGAGUGUCUUGGAUUGGAAUUUUCUUUUGAUUCUCCAUCUGUUGCAUGGAAUUCCUGUGAAAGGCCAAAUAGUUGGAUUGGAAGUGUCCUUCUGAUCGUCUGUGGUUCUGGUCACUGUGUGACUUUGUUCAUGUGUUCAGGAGGUCCCAGCUCAGCUCAGCAUUGGGUUUGCUUCCCCACAUCCUCAGCCCACAAUCCAUGCAGAGCCAUGGAUUCCCUUCGAUUGCUUGGCUGACUUGGGCCUUAAUGAAGAAUGCAUACUGUAAUUAGCAGUGUUUUUUAGGCUAUUUUUAUGUAUUUUUUAAACUUUUAAAAUGAGCCUGACCACCCCGCGUUCAGUCUUUUGAAAUGUUGGCGUUUCCCUCGUCCCAUUUUUCAUGUAAAGUUACUGGAACUUUUCUGUAUAACCAAAAUGUAUUUAAUUUGUCAAAUCUUUAUAAUAUAUGUAUGUAUUAUACAGUUUCAGCUCUUGUUAUUUUCUUUUCUUAUGUUUCUAAUUUGAUCUUGCUGUGUUUUUAAUGCCGGUGAACGUGGCUGAAUUAUUUGUAUAUGCAAAUUGCAAGGUCUAAUACAUUCUGAUGCAAGAACAAAGCUUCCUUUUUAUUCUCCACCUGCAUUAUUUCCUUUAAAUCUUUUAAUUUCA